AUGGGAAGGAAAGGGCAAGACGGGUACGAUGAUCGAAGAAAAAGCCACGUAGCGAAAAAGCCAACUCGCAAAUACAAUGACCAAUCGACUCCGCAUGUUCGUGGCUAUAAAGAGAGUUUCCAGUUUAAAACAAGUGUUGGAGUCUACAUGUGGGACUUCGAGCAAUGUGAUGCAAAGAAAUGUACGGGAAGAAAAUUAGAGCGGCUUGGUUAUUUGAAAGCCAUCCGUGUUAAUGUGCCUUUCCAUGGACUCGUUCUCUCUCCUUUUGGAACGAAGGCUGUGUCAAUCGAAGACUUAGAUGUCAUUAAGCAGUAUGGAACCUCUGCCAUCGACUGUUCCUGGGCUCGAAUCGAUGAAAUCCCUCUCGGAAAGCUGAAGAACGGAGUUCAUCGCUUGCUCCCAUUCUUGGUCGCAGCGAACCCUGUGAACUACGGGAAGCCUUCAAAGCUCACUUGUGCUGAAGCAAUUGCGGCUACCUUAUACAUUGUCGGGCUGAAAGAAGACGCGCUAACCAUUCUGAAGCCGUUCAAAUGGGGAUGUCAGUUCAUCUCUCUGAACUACGAACUUCUGGAAGGAUAUUCCAAGUGCAAAUCCGGAGCGGAAGUGAUUGAAUUCCAGAACGCGUACAUGGAACGAAUUGAGCAGGCAAAGGAGCAAGAGAAGGUCAUUGAUGUAGGAAUGAGAAGAAUAUGGGAUGUAGCUGCCCCCUACGGAUAGUGACGAAUAUAAUGUGGACUCCGAAGAAGAGUUUGUAGUUCAUGGACUGAAUCAGAAGCAGUCCCAUUCCUAUGCUGAGAUUUAUGGAGACGAUGAUGAGGAAGAGGAAGAGGAGGCUGAUUAUUGCGGAGGAGAUGAAGCAGAAGAGGCAGUGGAAGAGAUUGAGGGUCAGGAGUAGAAUUUUC